UGGGCUGCAUUGACUGCGGGGCUUUGAAGGGGAAGGAGGGCUGUGGUGCUCCUCGGGCUGGAGCGGCUCGGGUCCUGAAAUAGCAUCACAUAGUUACCCGCAGGGUCACAACAGAACAGGCAGAGGCUGGAGACAAACUUUAAGAAAUGUUCUCCCGAUUAAGAAUAGCUACUGCAUCCUGCAUGCUGGCAUGCCGUGGUAUGCAUACAAAAGAAAAAGGCAAGCUAUUGAUGCUGAACCCCAGAACAAAUAAGGGCAUGGCCUUUACGUUAAGAGAGCGGCAGAUGCUUGGGCUCCAAGGACUUCUACCUCCAAAGAUAGAAACACAAGACAUCCAAGCCUUACGUUUCCAUAAGAACCUGGCAAAAAUGACUGACCCUUUGGAAAAAUACAUCUACAUAAUGGGUAUCCAGGAAAGAAAUGAGAAGUUAUUCUACAGGAUAUUGCAAGAUGAUAUUGAACGGUUAAUGCCGAUUGUUUAUACUCCAACCGUAGGCCUAGCAUGCUCCCAGUAUGGGCAUAUCUUUAGGAGGCCAAAAGGAUUGUUCAUUGCCAUAACAGACAGGGGCCAUAUUAGAUCGAUUGUGAACAACUGGCCGGAAAACGACGUCAAGGCUGUCGUCGUCACUGAUGGAGAGAGGAUAUUGGGUCUCGGUGAUCUGGGUGUGUAUGGAAUGGGAAUUCCUGUUGGCAAGCUCUGUUUGUACACGGCGUGUGCUGGAAUACGACCUGAUAAGUGCCUCCCUGUGUGCAUUGAUGUUGGCACUGACAACCAGAUGCUUCUGCAAGACCCAUUUUAUAUGGGACUCUACCAGAAACGAGACCGUUCACAGCUUUAUGACGACCUCAUCGAUGAGUUCAUGGAAGCCGUUGUAGACAGGUAUGGCCAGAACACACUCAUUCAGUUUGAAGACUUCGGGAACCACAAUGCUUUCCGCUUUUUGAGGAAAUACAGAGAAAAAUAUUGCACCUUCAAUGACGAUAUCCAGGGGACAGCAUCGGUUGCUCUAGCUGGGUUGCUGGCAGCGGAGAAGGUGACCGGUAAGCCAAUCACAGAACACCGGAUAUUGUUCCUGGGUGCGGGAGAGGCCGCCCUUGGAAUUGCAAAUCUCAUCGUCAUGGCGAUGGUGGAAAGUGGCCUUUCCGAAGAAGCGGCUUAUAAGAAAAUAUGGAUGUUUGACAAAUUUGGCUUGUUGGUUGAGGAUCGGGAUCAAAAGGUAGAUGCCAACCAAGAACCUUUUACACACCCAGCCCCAAAACAAGUGCCAGAUACUUUCCUGGAUGCAGUGAAGGUGCUUCAACCCUCGGCUAUCAUUGGUGUGGCAGGUGCUGGCAGACUCUUUACUCAUGAUGUGAUCAAAACCAUGGGCUCCAUCAAUGAGAGGCCAGUAAUAUUUGCACUGAGUAACCCCACCAUGAAAGCUGAAUGUACUGCUGAGGAGGCGUACACAUUAACAGAGGGGAGUUGUCUGUUUGCAAGCGGCAGUCCGUUUGAGCCAGUGACGCUGAGUGACGGGCGAUCCUUCAAACCAGGCCAGGGAAACAAUGCUUACAUAUUUCCAGGGGUUGCGCUUGCUGUUGUCCUUAGUGGUGUUCGGCAUAUUAGUGAUAAAGUCUUCUUGGAGGCUGCAAAGACUUUGACAGAGCAGCUGACUGAGGAAGAUCUUGCCCAGGGAAGGCUGUAUCCUGCACUCUCCAACAUAAGAGAGGUUUCCAUUAACAUUGCUGUUAAAGUUAUGGAAUUUUUGUACGCCAACCACAUGGCUUUCCUUUACCCUGAGCCUUCGGACAAGAACAAGUACAUACGAUCAAGGAUCUGGACGAACAAUUAUGAUUCCUUCUUGCCAGAUUUGUAUGACUGGCCAGAAACAAUGGUAUACCCACCAAAACCGCACUGACUUUCCUGAAGGACACAUUCCUCAGAUGAUAUUUGAAUUCUGCAGGGAGCCCCUUUCCAGGUGGAUCUUCAGUUCAGGACAUUUUGAGACUCUCCUCCCCCCCCCCCAUUUUUUAACCUUCUCCCUUAACCAUUGCUUGGAUUUGUCAUGAUGUAGGUUUUCUCUAAUGGCCUGCAUUUUCAAGAGUGAAGUGGUAAUCCAGAAUUAAUGCAAAAAGUUACCCUGAUAUUUUAAGUUCCCUUUUUACAAAUCCCAUUGUAAAAGUAAUUCAGCUACAUAAAAGAAAUCUUUAAUUUCCCUCUAGUCAUCCUGAUAUGAGUUCAGUUUGUACAUGGAGCUGAUUCACAUCAUAAAGCAUUUUCUGGACUGUACCACUUUUGGGCUGCAUAUCUGCUCUCUUAUGGGGGGGGGACCUACAUUACAUGUAGAAAAUUAGGGAGAAGGGUUCACUCUAGCCUCUGACAUGCUAUUUUUCUACUUGCGAGGUGCUUAUUUUUCAGGGGGAAGUGCUCAAAUACAAAACUCUCCACCUCCAGCCUGAAGUCCAGAAAAUGUUUUAAUGCUAGUUUCUGUUGAAUGUAUAAACUGGAUCUAAGCUGACCACCAAAUUGCUCUCUUUUAAAUAUGGGCCCCUGUCUGUAGUCUGAUGGCCCUUCCUGUUAUCACAACGUUCAGCACAUCUGACAACUUUGCCGAAAGUACAUCCUUCCUGUUUCUCCUGCCGGACAACAUGCAAAGCUGCAUGUCCAAGUAUCUGAGUUUCAGGUGAACUGCUUUGAUCUUGUUGGCACGUUUGAUGGAACCUCUCUAUAAGGAAAAACCUAAUAUUGCCAGCAAGUAUGACUUAGAUCUCCAGAAUCCAUCUGCUACGGUUGGCUCUACAGUGUCUCAAGGGAUAAGUGUUGCCCUGCGUGAUGGUGGCACUGCCUUACCUCAAAUCCAGGAGCUCCACCGCAUGAACAGUGCUGUCCCAUCCGCAUCCGCAUUGGGGGACAUCUUCUCAUACAUGCACUUCAGUAUCCCCAAUAUUGCCACGAGUGGGACAGCCCCUGCUCGUGUAGAGUUCUGAACUGGAGUCCUCUAAGCUUUGGGUUGGGGCAUAUACUUAAAUUAGUUUGAGUUCUUUGUUUUACAAGGUUUAUUUGAAAGAAUUACUCUCCAGGCCUUUCAGAAAACACAAAUAUUAGUAGGAGUCUGUUUAAUAUGUUUAUGUUGACCUCUUGAAGAAGUAAAUCAUAAAUGUGUUUUUUUAAAGAGAGAAAGAUAAGAUUUCCCACUCUGUCCAAAUAAGUUCUGAAUGUAAGAUUGGCUUGAAAGGAUUAUGUAUGUAUUGCUUUCAGUUGAAUUUGGAGGUACAGUAUAGCACAGUCUGAUUUGCUAGUAGCUGAAAAGGAGGGCUCAGUCCAUUAUUGAUUUUUAUUUAUCCCUGAAUUCGUAACUCACUGCCUUUAUAUAAAUUCCAAAGGGAAACUCAAAAACCGUCAACAGUCUUGUUCAAUAAGAUAUUCAGCAUGUAACAGUUCCUUUAAAACAUAGCUUGUAUCCUUCCACCAACUCCAAGUAACGCCAGUUUGAGCAAAAAUGUUUUUCACAUGACCUUUUGAGGAAGGGCGUUGCAGUUUUCAUACCCUUUGCUGCCACAACUCCAUUGUAAUUGAAAGAACUCUCUGGUGCAGGGUUUCUUAACCUUGGGCCCCCAGAUGUUGUUGGACUACAACUCCCUUCAUCCUCAGCCACAAAGGCGAUGUCUGGGGAUGAUGGGAGUUGUAAGCCAACAGCAUCUGGGGGCCCAAGGUUAAGAAACCCUGAUCUGGUGCAUUGUACGUCUAAACCAGGAGUCAAACUGCGGUCCUCCAAGCUGUUGUUGGGCUACAACUCCCAUCAUCCUCAGCCACAAAGGCCAAUUGCCAGAGAUGGUGGGAGUUGUAGGCCAACAUCUGCAGGAAGGCUGUAGCCUGAGACCCAUGAACUGAACAAAGGAAUAAUGCAGUGUGAGCUGCUCCAGUGCCAAGACAAAUCUUGAUAUGACAAUACUCAGUGCAGAGGUCACACUUGAUAUGCAAUAGGUUGGUGAGCAUCUUGUAUACAAGAUGCUCACCUGUGUCGUAGUGCAGAAUAGACUACCCAGGUCAGUUAUAUGUUGCAAUUCAGUGGCUGUGAUGUUGAUUUUUUGCCUGUGGCAAGAUGCACCCAGCGGUUUGCAGCACUGCAGAAUAAUAUUUUGUUAGUGGCCCAACCAGAGCCCAAUUUUUUUAAAGAUUUGGAGGGGCCAUCCACCCAAUUGAGAUACUUUUGCAGAAUGAGAGUGGGGAUCAUUCCCCUGUUUACUUCCACUUAACAAAAAUCAGGCAACAGUUACUUAUUUUCUAAUCAAACUUGGGAGACUGAUAGGUGCGGCAAAGAGGUUUUUCUUGGCUUUUCUCCUCUCAUUUGUGUAGAAGUAGCAGAAGAGUUUAUAAUGGCACACCAGACACACCAGAGAAAUAAAACCAUACAAACACACAGGGACCAAUUGUUUGACCAGAAUGAAUUCUCAUCCUCAAAAAUCUGAAAGCUGCUGAGAAGGAUCAUCUAGUAUUCAGCUUCAGAUUGGCGGCGCACUGCUUUAUUGUCCUCCUGCCCUACACUUUUUUAAUGUUAAUGUUCUUAUUCAAGACAGUUGCAGUCAAGAGAUGACUGUUUGUGCUGGCCAAAGCGUUGAAAAGAAAAGGCAUGACUGAAUAGGGACUUCUGUGUGAGUUCCAGUAUAUCGAUCAGAGCUGUGCAAGAGAGCUUCCAUUCUUUGGAGGAAGUCUCAUUGAUUUUUCAGUAGGUUUUGUGGAGGAGGAAUUCUUGGUGGGUUGUGUCCAGUGGCAUUUCAUCUACUACACUCUUCUAUGUAGAAUAGACUUCUUUGCCCUGUGUAUACCUGCAAAGUCAUAGGGCUAGAUCACACAUGCAGUAUACAAACCUUCCCACAAUGUCUUGCGCAUAUGGAGGAUUUUAAGGGUUAUUUCCAAGAUCAGAGUUUUCAGAUCCAGGAGCACUUCCGUAGUCCGAAGAAGUCUAACUUACACUUAAGAGGCAUGACUAGCUUUACACAAUUGGACACACAACUUACAAGAUGCUGGAAGUAGCUUAUGUGUCUGACUUGUCGCCAAGUAUACAUCUAAAGGUUUGACAAGAUGUAGGCCAGGUUUGCUCACCCAUUGGUGAGGAAUGUGAACUCAUCCUGUACACACUCCCUGCCCCUUUCCUCCUUGUCUCAUGUAUUGCUGGGUAUCCUCAUGUCAAACUGGGUUGUGGGCAGCCAGGAGCUGUGGCUUAACUCUGGCUUACAACCCAGGAUGUGAAACCAGCUUCAAACUGAGGUUUCCUAUCCUGGUUUGAAAGCCAAAAUUCAGCUGCAGCUCCUGGCUUGCACAAGAUGUGAACCCAUAGUUUAAUGAACCCAGAUUGAACAGUCACCACACUAGAACAGCUGAGGAGGUAUGGGGAGGCACAUCUGGACUUGGGCUUGUGUUUCCUCAUGUGAACCAGCCCACGCCCGGACAGGGGAUUGCUCCUGUGACUAAUCCCCCACUCCCCCGUUGUUGCACUUCUUUAAAACUGAGUCUGUAUGACCAGCAGAUCAUUGUGAUGUAUCGGUUGCUGGAUUUAUAAUGCAUUCAGACUGCAGGUGGUUAUCCCAGGUUAAAUGCAAAAAAACUGCACAUGUAAAAUAGCAUGGCGGGAGAAAACUGGCCUUGAACCAAUUUUCCUCUUCUGCUAGUUUCGUAUGCUCAGUGAGGGUUUGGGGUGGGUGGGUGGAGGGUAGUCCAAGAAUCAGUCCCUCACCUGCAGUCUGAAGUUGUACAGUCCAGAAACAUAUAAUCACAUCUGUUUAGCUCUGCUCUUAACCAUUAGGUCAUCUUUCUCCAGGGAUGUGUAUUUAGCCGGUCUUCUAUUUAUGACCAUUGUAACACGAUCCUUGGCAACCGAAUAGCAAAAGCAUAAUUUUGAUAGAAUACAGUAUAUCAUUUUGGGGGAAAGUGUAUUAUUGCACUAUGUUUUAUUGUUGACUAAAGAGCCUUUGGGGUCUCUGUGCCUCUGUACUCUUUGCAGACAAUUGAGUGUUGCAGAUGCUAAUAUGGUUUAGUCUAAAAAGUGUCCCUUGCAAUGUAUUUUUCAGAUGCAUAGUAGUGUCACCUGAAACUAUCAAUGUUGAGAAGGGAAAUUCUUUUCUUUGUUUGCCUUAUGACAUGUCUUUACUUGUUGCACUUUCCCGUUCUCCUGCCCUAUUUUAAUCUUUCUUUUCAAGAACAUUAAUUUAUUCUGUAAGUAGUUUUCAACAGGUGUGUGUGUUUAAUUAUACCUCUUAUGGCUUGUGUGUGAAAUCUCUGUGAUUAUCUCUUUUCAUGUUGAGAUGAUGAUGCCGUUUUGGUGGGGUGAACAAAAGGAAUAGUGCUUCAAAAGAAGAUCAGAACUGUUUUAUGUAUCUUAUCUUAGAUUUGUGGGGCUUGUUUCACUGAGUUGAGACUUGGACAUUUUAUGUGGAAUUCUUCCUUGUUUGGAGAACUUGUCCCAAACCUUGCUCCUUUGCAGUUACAUUCCAUGUCACUGGACCUUGCAGAGGACUUGUUCACACAACCACCUGCACCUGUGCAGUGCCAGUCAGCUGUGUGUCAAAUUCAACCCAGAUCAGCUCUAGGCAUGCCAUGGCACAUGCUUCCAAAGCUACAUUUUCAGAGGUGUGCUGAAAACCGAUGCACUCUGGGUUCAACACUGGGUUCAACAUUAACAGAUGCAUUUAUGUCCAGUAGUCAACACUGUCUGCAGCAGUGGAAUUCAGUAUGGGCAAUUUCUCCUGUAUGCAGAUAAGAGACCCUUGUUGCCCUGUAUCCAAGUAAAAAACACAAAGCCACAGCUCUUCCAUUCUCCUGCCCCUAUUCUUGAGAGGUCUCAGUGGAAACUGAGGAAGCCUAUCUCUGUCUUGUAGAACCAAAAUCACAACAGAGGGCAAGGGCCACAAAAUGAAGAUAAAUAUCAAUCACACUGUAAUUUCAUUGAUGUACGAAAGCUGGGGGAGCAAUUCAAUGAAAACAAAAACACCUUUGUGGGAACUGUGCUCACAUCUUCAAAAUACAAACCCUCAGGAUGCAACUCCCCCCCCGAACGUUUUAUUCCAAAAUGGUCUAUGGGGGGCUUAAAACUAAUGUUAUGACUUAAAAACAAAUGUGCAUUUAUUUCCUUUUGAAAUAUUGUAAUUGUACUGAGAUGUGUUAUGGUCUUCUAUUUUCAUAGUAAAAGUCUUUCCUUUUGA